AUGGAUCCUUUCUUGUCGGUUAUUAAGGAGGAAUACCCAUCAGGUGGAUCAAGUGCUAGCGAUUCGACCCAAGAAAAGCAACCGAUGCCACAGCCAAUAGAGGGUCUUCAUGAUUCUGGACCCCCACCUUUCUUGACUAAAGUUUAUGACAUGGUGGAUCACCCAGAUUUAGAUCGCAUUUUGUCUUGGAGUAGAGGAGGUCAAAGCUUUGUGGUUUGGGAUCCACAAGCUUUCUCCACUAAUCUCCUUCCAAGAUACUUCAAGCACAAUAAUUUCUCCAGCUUCAUCAGACAGCUCAAUACCUAUGGUUUUAGAAAGAUCGAUCCUGAUAUAUGGGAGUUUGCUAACGAAGCGUUCAUGAGGGGCCAAAGGCAUAUAUUGAAGAACAUUAAAAGACGAAAGGCCCCUUCUCAUACUCCUCCACAACAACAACCUAAUAAUCCUUGUGUCGAGGUUGGAAGAUUCGGAUUAAAUGGAGAAGUUGAACGUUUACAACGCGAUAAACAAGUUCUUAUGAUGGAAUUAGUGAAGCUCAGACAACAACAGCAAAACACCAGAGCCCAUCUUCAAGAAAUGGAGCACAGACUACUAGGAACUGAAAAAAAGCAGCAAAAAAUGAUGAGUUUCUUGGCAAAAGCGUUGCAGAAUCCCGACUUCCUUCAAAAGCUAUCCCGGCAUGGCAAAAAAAACGAACUUGAAGAAGCCAUGAUCAAGAAACGAAGAAGACCAAUCGAUCAAGGGCCUAGUUGUGUUAUAAGUGGAGAAUCAUCCAAAAAAGGUGAAGAGUUUUCGGAUUUUCAAGUGUCUGAGCUUGAAGAACUCGCUUUGGAAAUGCAAGGUAUUGGUAGAGCAAAAAGAACGCAAGUGGAAGAACAUAAAGAGAUUGGAGAAGGGAAUGAUUUUGAAGAGGAAUUCUGGGAAGAGUUAUUUAGUGAACGAUUUGACAUGACUGGAGUUAGGUACACGGGAUCACCACAAGAACCAUUGUGAUGAUGGUCAAGUAUUGAUGGUUAUGGAAUUCAUUGCACUGUGGAUGAUCUUAUAUGGUUUGUUGAUAUCAAUCUGAUUCGAUUGGAAUCAUUUCCUUACCCAGAAGAUAUAAUUUGAAGAUUCCUUGGCUGCAACUUCGGACUCGUCUAAAUCUGUAACUAAUUUUGUUGUCAAAACUUUCGAAGUUUUAGUUUAUGAAUAUGACGAGGAAGACUUUUAACACUUCUACCACAAGGGUGUUGCAAAAUGGUUAUUUGUAAUAAAUAAGCUAUAGGUUAUGGUGUUUAGAUGUGUUUUUGUGGUGAAAUUUUAACAAUAUAAUUUGAUAAGUUGUUUGAAUUUUUGAUAAUGUGAUCGAUUGAGAGGAAAAAUUGGAAUGAAUGAUUCUCCACAACCCUAAAGAGAAAGGGAAAACAAAACAAAGAAUAAAUAUGUC